AUUAGAUCGAUUAAAAAAUCAUUCAAUCCUUGAUCGACUAACUGAAUCAAGCGAGGAUGUUGCUUCUUUCAUCCGUUUCAAUCGAAUUAUUCAACCGAUUAACAUUGAACAGUUUCGUCAACAUAUUGCUGAUUCAAAAGAAAUGGAAUUAAAAAUUCAACUGAUAUGUUCUGAAUAUGAAUACCUUUGCCAUUUAAACUCUCGUACACCUUCGAAUAUUUCCAUUGAACAUAUGAAAAUCAUGCUCAAUAUGAAAUCUUCUGAACAACGUCAAAUUUUCUUGAUCAAAUCUUAUUUUCAUGAAACACUAAAAAUGCGUUCAAAAGCUAAAAAAAUAAUCAAGAAAAAACUAAAAGAACAGAAUUCUACGUCCGAAUCAUCAAUUUACCCAUCAGGAAUUUUCGAUCCUUCACAAAAUGACUUACAAAUUCGUUAUGGCUUAUGGAAAAAUUGUCUUUUUGGUCGUUUUUCUAAAAGUAACAGGUUGAUAAUACAAUCUGGAAUCAAUUCUAGACUAUGGAAUCCAACCCUUGCCUUUGAUUGGCAUCUACCUGAAAAAAUUCUAAUCGAAGACAAUGACGAGAAAAAAUUUGUCACAGUUAGAGAACAAAACAUCAAAAAGCUAGCUGAUUCAAUAUUCAAAAUUUGUAAUAAAAAUCUCAAAUCCUUCCGAUCAUCCUUUAAUAUGGUACACUUGAAUUUGACCGAAGAUCUGCCGAUACAAAUUCUUCCUCAUCUUCAGAAAUCUUUCGAACAUUCAUUUUUAGAUCGAACAUUUUUCAAUUAUACACAUGAUUCAUAUCGAACAUUUUUUGCUGAUAAAAUAGUUUUCUAUGUUGAUCCUAAUGCAUCAACAAUUUUGACGAAUGAAGAUUUGAAUAUACAACAAGAUUUGAUUUUCGUAUUCAAUCCUUAUUCGGAACUAAUUGGAUUCAAAUUAAAAUUUAUUGAAAAUAUGUUUAAAUACAAGCAAAAUGAAAUUAAUGGUAAUGACAGGAUACGAUUUCGGCGAUUACCCUUGCACGAUCUGGUCGUAGAAUCAAAACAGCGACACUUGAUUCUAUCAUUUUAUAUUGAAUGUUUACGCCAAGUUCUUUUCAAUCAGAUAGAUUGGAUGGAAUCUUUGUACAAAAAUGUUCCAAAAAAAUAUUACAAAUCG